AUGGUGUCUAAACCCCCGAAGAGCUCGCGAUCUAAUGGGAAAGCCAAUAAGACAGAAAAGGGCAUAAAUCAGACGUGGGAGGAGGCCGCCGGGAGGACCAGGAGGAUGAGCGCUGAGCACGGACAGCUGCAGCAGUCUGGGGGCCGGCGAGGCCGGAGUCCUGGGGACAAGAAGUCCAGAAGGCGCAGCCGGCGCAAAGAAACCUACUCGAUGUACAUCUACAAGGUGCUCAAGCAGGUGCACCCCGACAUCGGCAUCUCCUCCAAGGCCAUGAGCAUCAUGAACUCGUUUGUGAACGAUCUGUUUGAGCGGCUGGCUGGCGAGGCCGCCCGGCUGGCCCAGUACUCGGGCCGAACCACACUGACAUCCCGGGAGGUCCAGACGGCCGUGCGUCUGCUGCUGCCUGGAGAGCUGGCCAAGCAUGCUGUGUCCGAGGGCACCAAGGCCGUGACCAAGUACACCAGCUCCAAAUGA